AUGGCGCAGACCCAGUCUCACCAGUUCCCUUCGCAGUCCUCCUUCUCCCCUCCCGCCUCCACGCCCUCUCCCUCUCCCUCUUCCACCGGAACCCCUUCCGGCAACCUUGGCCCACCGCCAAAACGACAGCGUCUCUCGCCUCUCCCUCAGACCCAGGCGCCAUUCUCGUCUUCUCCUGGCUUUGGAACCCUGCAGUUGCCCCAGACCACGAGCCCCGUGAACGGUGUGCCCGUCGCCAACAUGACAAACCCACCUGGAAACGCCGUCCAUCCUCCCCCACAACCACAACCACAACCACAACCACAACCACAUACACCCCAACCACCACCGCCACCCGGGUCGAUGGGUCCUCCAUCGCGGCCCGCCGAGACGAAGCCAACCGAUGCUGCAGAGCUGACAGACGUCUUGGCCUCCUCCGGCAUUGAUGUCCGGGAAGAAGAAGCUUUUCUUACCAGUGGAUAUGGCGCUGCACCCGCAACUACUCCGCAACCGCCGCCGCGCAUCCAGACCAAUAUCACCACUUCAUUCACCUCACAGCCGUCCGCUGGGUCGACCCCGUCUGCAGGAAAUAGCUUUACUGAACCCGCUUUCAAGCAAGCCCACUAUCAGCCUCCACCCACGGCUGCCGGAGCACAACCGGUUCCCCGGAAAUCCCCAGAGGACCUGGCUGCAGAUGCAAAAUUGCGUGACGAUACCGUGGCCAGCCGACGCGACCAGUACCCUCUCCACGCCCCUUUCCUUCAAACUGCUCCGCUCGGUGAAAGACUACAGAAAAGAGGAAACGAGCUUGGAAUUCGCAUGCCAUCCGGUGGAUUCUUUCGCCCAUUUCCAAAUCGCCCCGCGACCCCCAUCGAGAUCGUAGGACCUGACGGCCAGUCGGUGAUUCGAACUGGAAAACCGGUUCUGACCACGGAUGCUCCUCUAGGUGACAUUAUAUCCCUGAUGUCUCUAGCCUGCGAGGAACGUUUGCGUUCCGUGGUUGAACAUUCCGCGGUUCUCGCCCAAAACCGCCGCGCCUAUUCCCACGGAGUUGUCCCGCAAGAAUGGAACGAUUUGGCUGAAGGAAAUAAUCAAAAGAAAGGAAAGGAAGACCAAAAUGGAAUUGCUGCAGCCUCCCCAAAUGGUACCUCCCAAAAGCGAACUAUCUCUACGAACAGAGACGACUCAAAUGAAGCUCGAAGGAUCACAUUUCCGAAUACUCUCGCGAUGAAAAGUCGCAGAUUGAUAGAGAAGGAUGGGUCGUACGAAGAGGGCCGUGCAAACAAGCGAAUGAAGCGCAAUACCGAUGCAAUUCUCAGCGGAGACACUGGAAGAUCAGCCUCUGUUGGGCCGGGUGCUGAGCCUUCCGGUGAGAGGGCGCCCGACGUCGAAAAGAAAACAAAGAAAGAGUUGAAGAAGGCAGAGGCCAAGGUAAACGAUGCGGUUCAGCAUCAGCAUGCAGUUGAAACCGCUCGCAUGGCAACAGGCGGUCUCAGUACAUCGCGAUUCGGAGGCAAGAAAACAUAUUCGUGGCUUAGCAAUCCCAGUGCGACCUCUGCCUCAAGAACCAGCUUCUCUAACCCCUCACGAGCGAGACCUGGCGGUGGAUCAGCCCCGUCUGGCACUGGAAAACCUGGUGGGUUGUCUAAUGGAAUCAGAGUGCCACCAGGAAAACGUCUGGGUGAAUGGCGCGAAGACAAGGAUCGUGGUGCCGGAGUCCAGAUCCGGGACAUUCUUUUCAUGCUCGAGGUAGACGGUAAGGCUGCCAAACACCUACAAAAGGCAUAUUCAAAGGAAUCCAAAGAAGAGGUUGAUAGACCCGGCAAAUAA